UUACACAAUGAUAUCAAAGAAAAGAAAUACACGUACAUACUUACAUCACAAUAGUCUAUAGGGCGUUAUCCAAUAAGAAAAAAAUAAAAUUACAAGUGACUUUUUGGUUACAUUAUCAACUCAACUAUUGAUAUGUACAAUAUGUUAUUUUAGGCUCUUCCAAGAUUGACAAACAGAGAAAAAGUAGUUGAAAUGGUAGAUCCAACAUUACAAGGCCAGUACACCAAGAAGGAUCUAAUCCAGGUAGCUGCUAUAGCAGCAAUGUGUGUUCAAACAGAAGCAGAUUAUCGUCCCUUAAUGACGGAUGUUGCGCAAUCUUUAGUACCUCUUGUGAAGUCAUACUCUUCUGCACUGCCUGCCAAUUCCUUCAGAUGUAACCAAACCGUACGUGAGCCCCCGGUCUUAGGAGGUUCCCAACAUUCCAUUUCCACAAUAUUAUUUGAUCACGUAUCGUCCAAUGUCCAUCUGUAUCAUCUUUUCAAAGCAACGAGGCUUAUGUAUCCAAAUAGUAGCACCCUGGAUUCUAGAAAUGCUUCCUUGUCUUGUGAACGAUAAUAAACUCGAUGUGUAUAAUUCAGUUUUUUGUAUUGAUAGAAUAAGAUUUUUUUUUCUUUGAU